UAUCCAACUCAGCAGCUCGUCAGUCACGCCGGGAGUACAAGAUGGUGUGCAAGAAGUGUGAAAAGAAAACUUCUACCCUCGCAGCUCCAGAUCCAUUUCAACCUUCUUCAUCGACACGUAAAAUCGGCGAGAACAAGUUGCUCACGGCUAGAGCGAGGGCAUCUCCGUAUGCCAAACCCGGAGGAGCAGGUGCUGGCAUAUCGAAAGGCAAGAUCAAUACGUAUGGGAACAAAUGUAUAGAUUGUAAACAAUCCGUUCAGCAAAACUACGCCACGAGGUGUCAGAAGUGUGCGUACAAGAAAGGACUGUGUGCAAUAUGUGGAAACAUUGUGUUGGACACGUCUAGGUAUAAGCAGACUACCAAAUAACUCGUUCGUCCCUGCUCCAGUCUCAGUCACUCUGUAUGGCGUGUUGUAUCUUCCGGAAUCAUCACAAGUUGUACACUAUCAUCAUGGCCUGAGACAUGGGCUCUCACACUUAGCAUGGAAAGCAUGAACCUCUGGAAUCGAG